AUGACAGACUUUCUUUUAGUUUCUUCAAGAAAACAUUUAGAUUCUUGGAUUUUUCCUAAAGGUCAAAUCGAAGUUGAUAUAGAUGGAAAUCAUUCAGGUAGAUCUGCUUUACGUGAAGCUUGGGAGGAAGCUGGAAUCCGUGGAAAAGUGAUUCGACAGCUACACCAAUCUCAAGACAAAAAACCACAUAAAAAAUCAAGUUCGACUUCCACACACUUUAUUCCAAGAGCAGAAUAUACAUUUUGGUUAAUUGAAGUGAUUGAAGAAUUAAAUGAAUGGCCAGAACGAUUAGAAAGAGAAAGAAAAUGGGUUAAAAGAAAAGAAGCUUCUGAUUUAGUUUCUUGGCGUCAAGAUGGACAAGUUGAAGCUUUGAGUAAGGUUUUGGAUUCGGAGAUAUGUGGGUUGAAUAGUGAAGGUGAAACGGUAUCUGCGUCAUAUACAACGUGUUGA